GCGGCGUUGCCUACAAAAACCUGACAAGCGAAACAGAGAGUGAGAGAGUUUUCUCAGGAUAUCUCGUUUUACCAUUAUACCCUCAUAACUGAAAACGGCAAAUACGUUCCUUCUUCUUCUUCUUCUGUUUUUUUUUUUUUUUUUUUUUGUGGCUUUAAUAUUUUUUUGGGAAAGAGAAGAGAAGAGUCGUCAGUGAAAUAACUGUCGCCUGUAACAGAAAAUCUCCGACGGAUAAAUGAUCGAGACUGGAAAAUACCUUAUCGGCGCCGCCGGUGCGAGCGGUUUCGGCUCUAAAUCCACCGCAGAUGAGGUGACGGAGAACUGCGACCUUCGUUCCACCACAGCGAUAAUCACCGGCGCGACGUCGGGGAUCGGAGCGGAGACGGCGAGAGUGCUGGCGAAACGAGGAGCGAGGUUGAUUUUUCCGGCGAGGAACGUGAAAGCUGCGGAGGAAGCGAAAGGAAAGAUCGUCUCUGAGUUUCCGGAGACGGAGAUCGUCGUUAUGGAGCUUGAUCUCAGUUCCAUCUCCUCCGUUCGGAGUUUCGUCUCCGAUUUCGAAUCUCUCGAUCUUCCUCUUAAUCUUCUCAUAAACAACGCAGGGAAAUUAGCACAUGAACAUGCAAUAUCCGAAGACGGGAUCGAGAUGACAUUUGCUACUAAUUAUCUAGGCCAUUUUCUCUUGACCAGUCUGUUGCUAAAGAAGAUGAUCCAAACGGCAGAAGAAACAGGAGUUCAAGGAAGGAUCGUUAACGUCACGUCGGGUAUUCACGGCUGGUUUUCCGGCGACUUGAUAGGAUAUCUCCGGCUGAUUUCCCAACCCAAGUGUCAAUUCGAUGCGACACGUGCGUAUGCUCUCUCGAAGCUAGCCAACGUUUUGCAUACCAAGGAGCUCUCUUCUAGACUCCAGAAAAUUGGAGCGAACGUGACGGUAAACUGCGUACACCCAGGUGUUGUUAAAACCCGGUUAACAAGAGACCGGGAAGGCUUAUUGACAGAUCUCGUCUUCUUCCUGGCUUCCAAGCUCCUAAAGACCGUCCCUCAGGCAGCAGCAACGACGUGCUACGUGGCAACAAAUUCAAGGUUGGUGAACGUAUCCGGGAAGUACUUUACGGACUGUAAUGAAACGACACCGUCUGGACUCGGAUCUAACUCCUCCGAAGCUACCAAAUUAUGGGCUGCUUCUGAGAUUCUGGUAACUCAACAACAUUCCAAGGCCGGCUUCGACCCAUUUAGCUAAAAAUGAAAGAAAAUAAGUAAUUAGUUAUCUUAUUUUAUACUCUUAGGAAAAUAUAUAUAUUAAAAUCUAAUUAGCUUACGAAAAAAUAUGAAGCUUUAGUUAAUCCCCGAAUUUAUACUGUAAUCAAAUAUCUUAUAAACAUAUAUAGAUGAUAGAUAUUUCAUACCAUUAGAUUUCUAAUUCUAUAGUACUAAUGGGAAGCUGAUGUGCAUUAUAGUCUUUGUUUAUACUAAUUAUUAUAUAAUUCAGAAUUU